UGAAACUCCCGGACCCUGCGAUUUGGACACGGUGAUCCAAUCAAAAUCUCUCUCUCACUUGAGCAAAGCCAUAGUGAUACUUGGCUUUGAAAUCCGAAGGGCUCCGAGUCCCCGAGGCUUUGAAAGCAUUUUUCCUCAAUGGGAUACGUACAGGAAGCUCGGGAGAAUCACGUCAAGAAGAAAGUUGAAGAAGCUUUAAGAAGCAAAAUGAAGCAGAAGGCGCUAAAGGAGUGUGAUCAGUACACUUCAAAGUAUGCUCAAUGUUCUUUGGGAAGAACAUUAUCUGUUGUUUGGCAGUGUAGGAAGCAAGCUAAGGAGUUGAAUGAGUGCUUGCAUCAAUACACCAAUGAUUCUGUUUUGGAAGAAAUGAAGAGAGACUACAUGCUUCAGCAGGACGGAAAGGGAUCUUCAGGAGUCUAAGCUGAGCGUCCAUUUUAUGGUGCAACAUUUGACGUACAAUUUAUUAUUUAAUGAUGAUCUUAGAGUUUUUAUCCAUUGGGUGAUGCAUGUUAUGCUGCAACUGAGUUUUGUCUUCAGAUAUUUACGAGUUGCAUGUUUGUAUUAGCUCAAGUCAUGCUUCUAGCUCUAGGCUUGGGUAUGAAGAUGUUAAUUUUGGGAAUACGAGGAUUGUCUUAUCAGCUGUUUGAUUUA